ACGCCCCCUAGAUCGCGGCAGGAACCCGGCCUGGCCCGCCUCCCCGCCCGCGAGCCGCGCCGGCCCCAGAAGUGAUGAAAGCCUCGGCGGAGUCCAGGUCACGCCGAAGCCGUUGCCCUUUUAAGGGGGAGCCUUGAAACGGCGCCCGGGUUCCAUGUUUGCAUCCGCCUCGCGGGGAGGAAACUCCAUGUUGUAACAAAGUUUCCUCCGCGCCCCCUCCCUCCCCCUCCCCCUCAGAACCUGGCUCCCCUCCCCUCCGAAGCUCGCGGGGAUCCCUCCCUCCCACCCCUCCCCUCCCCCCCGCGCCCCGAUUCCGGCCCGAGCCGGGGGGGAGGCCGGGCGCCGGGGCCAGAGUCCGGCCGGAGCGGAGUGCGCCCGGCCCCAUGGACAGCUCGGCCGUCAUUACUCAGAUCAGCAAGGAGGAGGCGCGGGGCCCGCUGCGGGGCAAAGACGUCCUCGCGGGGGAGCCGCGGGCACCGGUGGGGCCCCUGGCAGGGGCAUGGCUGGUUCCUCCCAGCCGCGGCUCUCCCCGCGGCACGCAUGCACGCCCGGCCGCCCCUGCAGGCGCAAGUGCCCAGACCCCCAACCUGGGCCUCCCUGCUGCAGGAGAUCACAAGUCGGCAGCUUCCCAGAAGCCCCGGAGCAGAGGCAUCCUACACUCGCUGUUCUGCUGCGUCUGCCGGGAUGACGGGGAGGCCCUGCCCGCCCACAGCGGGGCUCCCCUGCUGGUGGAAGAGAAUGGCGCCAUCCCCAAGACCCCAGUCCAGUACCUGCUCCCUGAGGCCAAGGCCCAGGACUCAGACAAGAUCUGCGUGGUCAUUGACCUGGACGAGACCCUGGUGCACAGCUCCUUCAAGCCGGUGAGCAAUGCGGACUUCAUCAUCCCCGUGGAGAUUGAUGGGGUGGUCCACCAGGUGUACGUGCUGAAGCGGCCCCACGUGGAUGAGUUCCUGCAGCGAAUGGGGGAGCUCUUCGAGUGCGUGCUGUUCACUGCCAGCCUUGCCAAGUACGCAGACCCAGUGGCUGACCUGUUGGACAAGUGGGGGGCCUUCCGGGCCCGGCUCUUCCGAGAGUCGUGUGUCUUCCACCGGGGGAACUACGUGAAGGACCUGAGUCGGCUGGGCCGAGACCUGCGGCGAGUGCUCAUCCUGGACAACUCGCCUGCCUCCUAUGUCUUCCAUCCGGACAACGCCGUACCGGUAGCCUCCUGGUUUGACAACAUGAGCGACACGGAACUCCACGACCUCCUGCCCUUCUUUGAGCAACUUAGCCGCGUGGACGACGUGUACUCGGUGCUCAGGCAGCCGCGGCCCGGGAGCUAGUGAGGCGCGCAGGGGCCAGGACCUGCCCCGACCCGGUCCACACCGCACAGGCAGACUCCUCCAGGCGCCCCUGCCUGCGCCUGCGCCUGCGCCUGCGCCGGCGCCCGCGCCCUUUGCGGAAAAAUCCAGGGGCAGCAGCGCCACACUCAGUGCCUUGGGGGAAAUGCGUGUCUCCCCACCAGAACUGGCUGCAGGCUACAGCAAGGACAAUGUACCCCUGGGCCCCUUUGUCAGUGCCUUUGAACUUCCCCCAUCUUCUGGGGGGGGGAGCCCCGGGGCCCCUGCCUGCCACUCCCCUCUCUGUCUCCUCUCCAGCUGCCAUGUUUUUUGCUGCCAAAUCGGGCCCCUUGGCCCCUUCCAGUUCUGCUUUGGGAGGUGGGGGUGGGCAGGGUUUCUGCUGCCCCGAGCCUUGGACCUCCCAGCCUGGGAAUGGUGGACACCAAGUGCCUUGCCUGGAACCCCUUCUUCCUCGCGUGGUUUUCCCAGGGGGCAGGGUCUCCAGCUGGGUCAGCUCCUGCCCACCACAGCCAGACUGCUGCAGUCCAGGCUGAUCCAGGAGGACCCAUCCCCUGCCCUGUCUUCUUUGGGACUUCGCCUCGGGGACAGGGGAGGAGAGAAAGGGGGCGGGGUCUGUGCAGCAGCGUCUGCAGGGCUGAGAGCUGCUUCCUGUCCCCCAUCACCCACGCCCUCCCCCUGUCUGCCUUUACCACCCUCAGCGCUGGAUGCAGUCGCAGGCAGGACCCCCCGUGGUGCCAUAUAAAUAUGUAUAUGUGUAUAUAGAUUUUUAGGGACAGGAGAGAGGGGAGGGUCAUGGCGAAGACACCUCUCUCACCCCUUUCCUGGGCCCGGGAACUGGGGGUAGGGAGGGAAAGAUUUUUACAUUUUUUUAACUGCUAUUCUCUGAAUGGAACAAGCCGGGCCCUGUUCUCUGUCCCUCACACCCCCUCUGCUCCAUUCAUUUCAUUAAUUCAUUGAUGCUAGACCCACCAGCUCAAGUGUGUAUGUGGUGGGGGGGUGCUCUACACCCCCUAAACGGUGCCUCCCCCACCCACCCGAGAUUUCACUGGUGCCUUUGGGGGAAUCUGCAGGAGGUGGGACCCUUUUGUGGGAUUUGGGGGUCUCCAGGAGCCCCUGGCAAGCUGCCCCCCUCCCUGUGCCAAGUCAUCCCCCCCCCUGCAGCGCCCCCUGCUGGCUGGGGCGGCUCCCAGGACCUCUGACUCCCUGUUUCGGAAGCCCCUCCAGUACCUGCUGGGUUUGGAGGACUGACGGUCAAGGGGACCCACGUACUAGUGCCAAGGGGGAGUCCGGUGGAGAUGUCGCUGUGUCCUCUCCCGCCAGCUGGGGUGGAGGGACCUUCCCAUUAAGUGCCUUCUCUGUGACUGCGAGCCUUACCGAGCGGUGACAACUAAAGAGAAAGCGAGACCCCCA